AGAGGGAUUUGGUGUUCUGGGUCGUGGUUCUGGUCCAUAAGCACACAUCAUGUCUCUCGUCAUCCACCAGGGGGCGGUGUUGUGUGUGUUUACAUCCAGCAAGUUCAUGAAGAAGAGCUUCAAAAAUAAAUUACAAUUAGCCUAAAAAUUACAGGCUGCUGUAGAAACACAGCAAUUCCUUUAUUUUAAUUUUAUUUUUUAUAGUUUAGUAUAGAAGGUGAGCGCACAGGAACAGUUUAUAGGGUGUGUGUGGUGUGUUUAUGCUCAUGUUAGCUUGUUAGCUGGCUACCUUUUUUUUCUAUAUUGCUUCUAUUUAACCUUCUAAAGGGUUUGUUUCUCUGGAGAACCCAAAAAGGAUGCAGUGAUAGGUUUGAAUGACGUCACGCUUCCCAUGAUUCCUGAGGUGGUGGCCAUUUUGUGGGUCAGAGGGUGUGUUAGGAGUCAGUGCUGUAAUACCUGUGUGAAAGCUGUGCCGGGGCGUCAUGGGUCACACCUGUGUGGUGAGCGGGUGCAGAAGUCGGUCAGGUGAUAAAGUUAAAAGGAAGUUCUUCUCCAUUCCAGCUGUCAGACUCACAGAAGGAGCGAGAACCGAGGAACUGAGCAGGUGGAGACGAGCGCUGUGGAUCGAACGUAUUAGCAGAAAGGAUUUUAAACCCACAAAGUAUUCCAAAGUUUGUUCAGAUCACUUUGUCACAGGUGACAAGGCUGAGUUGUAUGAUUUCACACAUCUGGAUUGGGCGCCUUCCGUGAAAAUGACCACUGAAAGUAAUGAAAGCUGUGUGAAACAAUCAGAAGAAAACCUUAAGGGGCACCAAAGGUUGGAUGUGAAGAGCAUGGAGAUAGAAAGUUCUGCACAAACCUGUGAUCAGACUGUUUCUCUGCAGAGAUUGACCCAAAGCGAUAGUAAAGAUGCCUCAGUUAGUCGAGGAGCUCGUGUUCUCAGAGAGGCUGAGGAGCCUGAACCUCAGAUGUUAUCCACAGGAGAUGUGAAGCGGCGGACGGCGAGCUCUGGAAUACAGUGUCCGUACUGCCGCUACAGAUGCGGCGCCAAGUUCUCGUUCCAGAUCCACGUUGGCUCGCAGCACCCCCUCCAGUGUGAGGACGUGUGUGUGGGCCGUUUGGGUAAAGUGGUUUUCUACCAGCGCACGGCCAAACUCUUCCACUGCCACAUCUGCUUCUUCACAUCCAAGGACUACGCUGUGCUGUUCGAGCACCUGCUGGCGAGGCACUGCUUCACCGUUAGGAAAGCGGUGCAGACGGAUGAAGACGACGAAGUGACCGAUGAAGGUGACACAGAGGUCAGACACAGGGAGGGACACGAGCAGGACAGGAGUCCUAAUCCCGAGAUAAAACCUGAUAAUGACGAUGCUACAGAACAACGCAAACAAGAAACAUCCAACGAGGACGCUCUGAAGAAGAGGAAGCGGAGCUCUGUGUCAAGUGGCGAAGAUGAUGAGCAUGAAGACGUGAACGUGUCCGACAGCAUGCAAGCAGCUAACGAGGAGCAAGCGGCUGCUGUCGAGCGGUACUCUGAGAACUCGAGUGCCCCGUAUUACGACUGCAAAUUCUGCAAACGGCGCUGCAAGAGUAAAAUCUCGUUACUGCGCCACGUCAGCCGCAAUCACGACGUCCCUAAACCGCACGUUUGUAAAGAAUGCAGUGAGACCUUCAUGCUGCAAAGUCUCCUGACCCGCCACAUCAACCUGCUCCACAGACAGGAACUGUACCAGUGUCCCUACUGUCUGUUUGAGUCCAGUCUCCAAGGCCUCCAUCAGCACCUGAGUCACUGCAGAGCCGUGGAGAGCAACCAGGACAAAGCAGACGUGGGAACUGAAGAGAAGGAAUGAGUGAAUCAGUGGACGAAGAUCAAACGGCGUGUCGCUUGUAGUUUGUCCUCAUGAGCAUGUAGAAACACUACUGCUGUCCCACUACUGUGGGCGUGGCCUGUCCAGCAUUCUUAUUUUUAAGUAAUGAUCAGAAACACUAAUAGCUACAUAUAGCUUCUAAAGCUAAUUAGUUAAACCCUAAAUAAUGCAUUAAUCAGUGUGAAAAUCAUUUGUGUGAUUCACGUGUUACGCGCUCGGCUUCAUUCUCAGAUUAGAUUAGCAAAGCGAGCUAGUUGCUCUAGCUAUGUUUACUCAUCAGAAGCACUAGCGAUCUCUGCUACUUCCUUCCAAGCUUUAUUUUUCUUUCUAACAUCUCUAUACACAUUUAAUGAGAGCACGCUUAUAAGUAUUUCUUCCAUUUUUGCGUCAGACAGUAAACGAGAACUGAUUGCAGGUAGGAACUAAAGAUGUGAGCGGGGAACUGAAGAAACAUCGGACCACACACACUGUAGUUUGGGUCUGAGGAAUCAUUCAAACCUGUCAUUUGGAUUCGUCACUUUUUUACAGCAUUAUACCUUUAUAAUAUAAUUUAUUAUAUAAUUUCCGUAGAAUUCAGAAAAUCUCAGUUUAAAUAUUGCAGAAAUUGUGGCUCUGCCUUGAACAUGUAUGUGGAAAGUUAAUGAUUGACUGUUGCUUUGUUGUUCGCUAGCGUGAACCUGAGAGAGAGAGAGAGAGAGAGAGAGAGAGAGAGAAAGGGAGAAACAGAGAGAGACAGAGAAAGAAAGGGAGAAACAGAGAGAGACAGAAAAAGAAAGGGAGAAACAGAGAGAGACAGAGAAAGAAAGGGAGAAACAGAGACAGAGAGAGAGAGAUAGAAAUUGGAUCUAUCCAUCUAAUCACAAAAUGAUGGACUCUGUGUUUUAGAUCAUUCGUGUAAAGCCGGCUGUACACUUUACAAUUUUUGUGUCACAGAGAAAAAGACAAAGAUUGUCAUUCUUUGUUCAUGAAGUGACAUCAUGGUGUUAGAACACAUAAAACACAUCAUGUGACAUGAAACAUGGAAUAUCGCACACCUGGGUUCAAGUCCAUAGUUUUUUGGAUGUCAGUGAUGUUGAUUCUCCUUUUAAAAUGAAUAUCAAUCAUUGAAAACUUAAUUUUUUUCUUCAGGUAGAGACAUAGAGUAUAUAAUUAACAGAAAAACUCUGUUUUGGUAAAAACUUGGUUUAAAGUUUAUAAAGUUUCUAGAAUCCAGCCACCUCACGUACUGUUUUUUACUUGUGGACGGCGGUCACAGUGUUGUAUCUGCGAUCUGUGAAGUGAGCUGUUACUGUUCAUUAUAUCUGAAUGUUCCUGAAGUUCUCCGUUUAGGGCCAGUGGAUUAUCUCACUGCGCUUUACUGCAGCUUAUUUAACUUUACACUCCUCCAUGCGCACUUACUCCAUCACCUACGUCAGGGGUGUCCAAGCUCUGUGGCUUCUCCAAUACUAUGCAGUUUUUCCUUUCACCUGACGGUGGCAGCAGCGGUCCUGUAAACCUGCACUGUGUUUCACCUCACUGGACUCAGCUCACAAAGCUCAAAACAGGCCAUUUCAGCAGACAUUAUGAAACAAAGCACUGCAAAGGCAUUUCUAUAAAUAUACAGGGGGUGAAAAGGCAGAGAACCAGAAGCAGCUGGAUGCUCUCGUGGAGGAAGCUACUCUUUAUCAGAGCAAGGAGGCGCAGGAGAAUUACUCGAGCUAGUUAGUGACAAUGCUACAUGUGGAAAAUGUUUCUCUGAGGGUGAAGAGUAUAUAGCGUACUUAAAUAAAGAGGUCAAUGUCAUUUGUUCCCAAAAAAAAUAAAAGGCAGAACUUUAUGAA